AUUAUUAUGAUAUAAAAUGUAAAUGCAUUACACUUAAAAAACAAGAUUAAUAAAUAAUUAUAAUACUGUCGAUAGGUGGUUUGUCCCCGCGUUCUAAUUUUGUGCUAUUUUAUUUCUAUUUCGCUCUAACUUUUGGGUCUGUCGGCCAUAAGUCUGUUUCCGAACCUCGAAGUGCAUGUCCGACAAUCGACAUACAUCAUAUUAUUAUUUUACCCAUUGAAACCUGUAACCUAACGGACUUAUAAAAUGUAAGAUCAGUCUGAGCAAAUACGUCAUACAUUCAUCUAGUCGUGUGUGUAUGACGUGUUUGUCUACUGUAUGAAAUAUUACAUAGGACUAAUGCUACAAUAUUAUUAAUUAUUACAUUCCAAUAUUAAGUCUGUUUUUGAAUGUGUUAGAACGCAAUGGCAACCACUAGCAACGGGUCAGAUUCUUCACGAAAGAACACAGACAAAGAUAAUGAUAACAAAGAUGAACAGAAUAACAUGUUUGAAUGUAACAUAUGCUUGGAUUAUGCAAAGGAUGCGGUUGUCAGUGUUUGUGGCCAUUUAUUCUGCUGGCCAUGCUUGCAUCAAUGGUUAGAAACUCGUUCAAGUCGACAAGUAUGCCCUGUGUGUAAAGCUGUUAUAAGUAAAGAUAAAGUAAUACCAAUCUAUGGACGUGGAAAUACCAAACAAGAAGAUCCCAGAAAUAAAGUGCCACCUAGGCCUGCUGGUCAAAGAACUGAACCUGAUGCUAAUACUGGUUUCCCUGGUUUUAACUUUGGAGAUGGUGGUUUCCAUUUGUCAUUUGGAAUAGGAGCAUUUCCUUUUGGAUUUUUAACAUCUUUUAAUUUCUCUGAUCGUCCACAUGGAGUUCCAGUUGGUGGUCAAUUACCACAAGAUGAUCAUUACUUAUCUAAACUUUUCUUAUGGAUUGCAGUGGUAUUUAUUAUAUGGCUAUUGUUGGCAUGAUUUACUUUUACAGUACGUUCUUUUAUAUUAUUAUUUUAUUAUUCAUUGAAUUACUUAAGUAAGCACUUCACGGUGGCUUCUUUUUUUAUGUUAUUAUUCACUAUCUAGUUAAACCUAUUGGCAUUAAAACUUUUCAAAUUGUCUUCAAUUUUUAUUAUCUGGUGCUUARUCUGAAAUCCUUACUGUGAUUGUUAGUUUCAUUAUUUUUUUAUGAUACAAAAAACUUAGAUUAUAGUUUAACUAUACAAUUUUUACAGUUUGAGAAAUAUUUGACCAGUUUCACUAAUAAGAAUAUUUUUAGAACAGAUAAUGAUUUAGUUCUGUAUUAAAUAUACUUAAUUUGCAAAACAAAUAUUAAUUUUUAUAUUGUAUUAUGUUUAU